AAAAUGCCAGAACUCUUAAUGUCUUUUGUUGAGUAAAACAGUGUGGAAACAGAGUAAUCAAUAUUUGAAAAACACCCCCAUUACAUGCUAAUCAUUUCAUAUGCUCCAUUUUGUUGACUUCUAAUUACUUCCCUCUAUAAUUCAUUUCAAUUUUCCCAAAUCUAAUUUCCCUCUCCCCUUUUACAAAUCACAGACAGCCACAAAGUCUGUUGAUCACAAACAAAUUGACUUUCUUUUUUGUUUUCCUUAUUUAUUUAUUUAUUUAUUUAUUUAUACAUAUUUAAAGUGUGGAGGCAAUCUGUACCGCACUUUAUAUAUGCGAUUGGGCCUUUCAUUCACUUUACUCUUUAAAACCAUUCUUCUAACUACCCACCACCUUCACUCACAUUACAUAUCAUCACCAAAAAACAUAAAACUCCAAAACAACAACAGAUUUUCUUCACAUUCUUCCUCCACCACAAUGCCAUCGCCGCCGCUGAGACUAGCGGUUCUGUUCCUGUGCUUGGCCGCCGCCGCCGCCGACAGCCCCUACAGAUUCUUCUCAUGGAACGUCACUUACGGCACCAUCUCUCCUCUUGGAGUCCCUCAACAGGGUAUUUUGAUUAAUGGACAAUUUCCGGGACCUGAAAUUUACUCCGUCACCAAUGAUAACAUCAUUGUCAAUGUGUUCAACAGCUUGAAGGAGCCUUUCCUCAUUCACUGGAAUGGAGUGCAAAAUAGGAGGAACUCGUACGUGGACGGUGUGCUCGGGACGACGUGCCCGAUUCCGCCGGGGCAGAACUUUACAUACAUACUGCAAAUGAAGGAUCAAAUAGGGAGUUUCUUUUACUUCCCAUCAUUGGCAAUGCACAAGGCUGCAGGUGGAUUUGGAGGCAUCAGAAUCAUGAGCAGGCCUCUAAUCCCAGUCCCGUUUGAUCCACCAGCAGAUGAUUUCACUCUCUUAAUUGGAGAUUGGUACAAAACUAAUCACACCAUCUUGAAGACAAUUCUUGACAGGGGCAAGAAACUGCCUUUCCCCCACGGCGUUUUGAUCAAUGGGCGCGGGCCCAGCGCCACCGCCUUCACGGUGAACCAAGGUAAGACAUACCGGCUGCGCAUAUGCAACGUGGGACUACAGAACUCCAUCAACUUCCGCAUCCAAGACCACAAGAUGAAGGUGGUGGAGGUUGAAGGAACACACACACUGCAGAUCAGCUACUCGUCUCUGGACAUCCACCUGGGACAGUGCAUGUCCGUCCUCAUCACGGCCGAUCAGCCCCCCAAGAACUACUAUGUGGUCGCCUCCACCCGCUUCACCUCUCGGGUCCUCACCAACACCGGCUUCCUGCGUUACUCUAGCUCCAACACCCCCGCCUCCGGGCCACUCCCCGGGGGCCCCACCACUCAGAUCGACUGGUCCCUCAACCAGGCUCGUUCCUUGAGGACUAAUCUGACGGCGAGUGGGCCAAGGCCGAACCCACAGGGGUCGUACCACUACGGCAUGAUCAAGACCGUGAAGACGAUCAGGCUGGCGAGCUCGGCGGGGCAGGUGAACGGGAAGCAGAGAUACGCCCUGAACAGCGUGUCCUUUGUGGCGCCAGACACGCCCAUGAAGCUGGCCGACUACUUCAACAUAGGCGGAGUGUACCGCCUGGGGAGCAUCUCGGAGGCCCCCCGAGGGGCCGGAAUAUACACGGACACGUCGGUCUUGGGGGCCGACUACAGGACCUUCAUCGAGAUUGUAUUCGAGAACUACGAAAACAUCGUGCAGAGCUACCAUCUCAGUGGCUACUCCUUCUGGGUUGUAGGAAUGGAUGGAGGGCAAUGGAGCUCAGGUAGUCGGAACCAGUACAAUCUGAGGGACGCAGUGUCCCGUUGCACGGUGCAGGUGUACCCCAAGUCGUGGAGCGCAAUCUACAUAGCGCUGGACAACGUGGGGAUGUGGAACUUGAGAUCGGAGUUCUGGGCGAGGCAGUACCUGGGUCAGCAGACGUAUCUGAGGGUGUUCACAGCGUCCACCUCCUUGAGAGAUGAGUAUCCCAUUCCCAAGAACGCGCUCCUCUGCGGCAGGGCCAAAGGGAGGCACACGCGCCCCCUUUGAUCAUCAUCUCUCACUUGCUUAAGACCUUAUCUCGAGGUCGCAUUCUUUUUAUUUUCAACUUCCGGAUCUUCUAUCUUUCUUUUUCAUAUAUAUGCUAUGGAUACAAUAAUACUCCAUAUAGUUAAAUGAAUUUAAUUGUUUCUACAUGCA